AUGGAAAGCGUCGACAGAAUACGCCGGGCAUCACGAACCAUAGAUCUGGAAGCCAUCGAUCACAAUGUUAAGAAGCACAUCGAUGCCCAAUUUCCAAGCUUGGACUCGCUCCUCGCUCAACAUGGGCAAUCUCAGGCCGAAGCUGGUCCCAGUCAACCGAUGAAGCGUACAGAUAGUCGACGCAGUGCGAAGGAUAGGCAUAAGCGAGGCUUGGAGGAUGAGAUCUCAUACUGGCAGGCUAAGAAGAGAGCCGCUGACGCCGAGCUUGCAACUACGACCUCAACCCUACCUGACAUGCUUCAUGCCGCCCAGGAAAGACUUCAAAAGCUUCUGGAAUCCGCACAGUCUCUCUCCAUUCAGCGCUACGCCCUCGCUGAUAAGCUGGGCAAUCUCAUAGCGGAGCUACAGAGCUCCGCCGAGACAGACGGCUCCUCUCGCGAAGAGGACAACAGAAGCGGAAAUCGAAAACAAAGUGUUUUGGAGCAGAUGGAGAGUAUGUCCUCGGAGCUGGCUCGCCUAGAAGCUGGUUUAGCCUGGGCUACAAUACUAGAACAAGUGGUAGUCAUGAGUGAACAGAUCCUGUCACCUCAAACGCAUCAUCCGUCUCCAUUAGGAGCAUUACCCAUAUAUCAAAAGCUGGAUUCUCUGGUGCAGAGGAUGGAAGAGAUUCUACCCCCGGAUAUGGGCCUUCUCAGAAUCAUCGUGCAGACGAGGGAUACCACAUGGAACGCCUUGAAAGACAUCAUGUCACAGGAUCUUCUGAAAGCAUGCGAAGCGCUCAAAUGGCCUCUGAGAGUCGACUACGCAUCUGUGUCUCCAGCAGAGAGGAGAGCAUUUGAGCGGUCUUAUCAAGACCUUUUGGUUCUCCAGGCCGAAGGCGAGGCAAUGGGUAGAUUGCCUGUUUUAUCCCCACAUUGGUCUUCUGGGACAGGCCUGUACCCUCUGCAAGCUAUGAUCCAGCCUAUCGCUCUGAGAUUCAAAUAUCAUUUUCAGGGUUCACGGAAUACCAAUCGAGUAGACAAGCCCGAAUGGGCAUUCUCCAAUAUCCUUGAUCAAAUCUACGAGCACCAGUCCUUUUUAGAGGAUUAUCUACAGCCUUUGACCGCUCGAGCUGGCUUCCCAGACGUGGACGUGAAGUCUGAAUUCACCAUGUUACUCUUUCCGAUCCUUUUGGGCAUGCUGCGGUCCCGCAUACCAAAGCUCCUCGAUCAUCCCGCUCUUCUGGCUCAUACGAUCUAUCAAACAGUAGUCUUUGAUGACUCAAUUAGGGAAGGUGGAUUCGAUUUAGAAGCAGUAUCAUUACACGAGAAGAGCAAGACGAUCCCAUCCUGGGAGGGUCUGGCCGGCGUUCUGCUCAAGGACGAGGGUUGGUUUCAGCAAUGGCUCAACGGUGAAAAAAAGUUCGCCGAAAGCCAGCUGAAGGAGAUCCUUGCAUCUCCCGAGGCAUGGACCAUCACGGACGAGGUCGCAGAAGAGGAUGUCGAGCAAGUUGAGGCGGGUAUGAGACCGACAACAAGUGCUCGACAGGUUAAAGCAUUGUUUGAGCAGAUCACAGAUCGAUAUGCUCCUCUUCCGUCGCUUGACUAUCGACUGCCAUUUUUGACCACGAUCCAGUUGCCAAUCCUGGUUUCAUAUCAUUCCAGGAUCGCAGGCUCUCUUGACGCAUUCGAAACGCUCUCAUCUGCUUUUGCCCGUGUUGUGCCUGGCGCGCUGUCGGGCAAUACCCGAGCUGGAGUUCACAUAGAACCGGCCAAAUUGACUGGUGGCAGUAAUGGUCUUGACAGGUUGUGCAAAGCGUAUGUUAGUGCGGCUUGGGUUCUCAAUGCGUUGAGAGUAUGGGCGGACGAUUCGUUCUUCGUAGAAAUGUCUGGCGAAUUGAAAGACUCUGUCCAUCUCCGGUGGAAGCUUCACAACGAUCAAUACCUCCCAGCAGAAUUUAAGAGCUCUGCCAGUGUCAGUCAUAUUGGCGCCAGCAUCUUCGACACGGUACUCGACAAGUUGGCCAGCACACAGCAACGUGCCGAAGAUAUGAUUGUCUGUCACGUCACAGUCGAAGUGCAGAACGAGCUAAAGGAGCAUUUAAAGCGACGCUGGGAUCAGACCUCCUUGACGGAUGACCCCGCCCCUGACCUCAGCCUGGUGAAUGCGUUGUCGACCUAUUCGAGUCAUGUCUCGGCUGUGCGCGUCAACUUAUCGUCGCUCGUUGCAUCACGAAUUUAUCGCAGAAUAGUGGGUCACCUCUCGAAUCACAUCUCGCAACGAGCAGUGUACUCUGGUUGGUCAAAAUUCUCCACUUUUGGAGGUCAAGAUUUUCUGCAUGAAAUUCAGGACUGGGUGCAGACAUCUUCGUCUGCCAUGCUGGGGUCUAAUCAAUCAACCGAGGACGAACUAUUGGUUUCAAGUGCUAUCGAGUACCCUUGGCAAACAUUGAUGGAUGCUGGACGACUACUGAGUUUACCAGAGGACGACGGCAAGGGCACUGCAACAUUUGCGCAAGCCAUGGCGGCCGCUUGGUCAGAUGGAGAGGAGAGUAGAGUCUUGUUCUGCCAGCGUGCAGGUACAAGUCAGAUGGGCAGUCAAGAGAUGCAGGGGAUCCUGAGGCGCAGGGUAGAGUGUUGGCGAUGA